GUCUGUCAGCCUUGCGCAGUGUCAUCUGGCGGUAUAGAUAAGGAAAUUGUCAUCAUUCCGAUCGCAUAAAAAAUCUAAAAAUGGUUUUAAGCAGUUAUCACAAAAUGAGCAGACAUGACAACCCAGUUCCAGAAAGUGAAAAUAAAAUAAAAACGUUGGAUGUAGUUACACAUUUCUGGAACUGUUUUUAGCCAAAAGUUUUUCAGGUUCGCAUUGAAAAACGUGAUAAGGCGUAGUCAACGACAGAGCGGCAGUGUGCCCUAGCAGCCUCACAAACCGGUUAGACGGACACCUGCGUGAGUGGUUCCUUCUUUCUUGAUGUACAACAUUCUGAAGCCAGCAGAGUGAAUUCCUGUGACUUAAUCAGACGUGAAAAGUGAUGUGCUAAUAUGCCGUUAUUUGAACAUUGAGUUGUUUCAGCUUGCAAGCAUGUGGGUAUAUUAACAUAAUUCCAAGAGCCAUAGAUUGACAACACCUACUGCAAGGAAUUGGGACAGAAGAACUGAAAAACAAAUGAGUGCCAACACAUCACAUGGAUAAAGGGAGGCUAUGGAAUGACCAAAGCCAGAUUUAACAUCUCCAUGUUGAAAUAUUUUGUUAAAAAUGUAUUCAUGGGCCGUCCACACUUGCGACAUGUUCUCAUCAUUUUUUUAGUUCUUUUCCUGCUCUUGUCCAUUCUCUGGGUUGAUGUCAUUGAGACAUGGUGGAUGGGCCCAUACUGGCGUUACAAACCUCCAGAGCUGUGUACACAGAAGGAAGAUGAUUUAAAAUCUUUAAGGAGAGAACAGACCUUACUUAAAUUGCAAUCAGAGAACUUCUUCACCAUCACAAAUGAGAAGCUGUGCACGGCUUCCAGCCCAUUUCUCCUGACAUUCAUUAUAAGUGCUCCCAAGAAUUUUGCUCUACGUGCACUCAUUCGCAAUACGUGGGCCAAUCGUACCUCCAUAGGUGGAAGACGAGUGCUAAGUCUGUUUGCCCUUGGAAUUUCAACGCAAAAUGAUGACCAGAGACUUAUUCAGAACGAGUCAAAAAAGUUCCAGGACCUCAUUCAAGGCAACUUCCAAGAUACAUAUGCUAAUUUGACCUUGAAGACCAUAUCAAUCCUUCGCUGGACUGCUGCCUUCUGCCCAGAGGCACAAUAUAUAAUGAAGGUGGAUGAUGACGUUCUGGUUAGAUAUGAUGUACUCAUACCCUACUUGGUAAAAUCUGCUCAAUCUGGCCCUGCUAAUGGAGAGCAAGAUUUAUACAUGGGCUACUUGCAAAGAAGAAUUACUCCCAUCAGGGACCCAGAUAGUAAAUAUUUUCUGCCCAAAAAAGCAUAUCCUAAUGAAAGUUAUCCUGAUUAUUGUAGUGGGACCGCUUAUGUUCUGUCACGCAGCGCAGCUCACAAGAUCUAUGAAGUUACAUUUAGGACGCCAUGGUUUAUUUUUGAGGAUGUUUAUGUAGGAAUGUGCGCUCAGAAAGUGGGUGUGAUCCCAACCCACUGCAGCUUGUUCUCAGGAGGACCACGUAUCCCAUAUAGUCGUUGCUGCUUUCGAGCGCUAAUCGCAGCGCAUCACAUUAGUCCAGCUGAGCUUUCAUUAUACUGGCAGGAUAUUACAAAUGGACCAGAAUGCUCAUGGAUAAGCACACAUGUAGCUUUUGGUAUUUGCAAAUUUAAAACACUUCUAAAAAACGUUAUGUCUUGGUCACUUAAUUAUAACUAGAACUGCAAAUUUUACCUUCACUUUCAGCAACUACCCAGUGUGGUACACUUUUAAUGUGGUGCUGUGACCUGCCAAUUUUGUGAUCUUACUGUCAAAUAAUAAGCUUUUUAAGACCUAGUUGAAUACAACAGCAAUCAAUCUACAUACUGUAUAAGUAUGUACUGUAUAUAUACAUAUUUGUAUGUUUGUUCCAACAUCAGGCAAGAACAACUGCACAGAUUUUCAUGAAAUUUGGAUGAUCACUCAGGGAUAGCUCAGCUUAGAAUACUGGCUAUAUGGUGUUUCGAUCCCUCUCCGGCAGUAGCAUGAGUCUCAUGAAAUGUAACCCUGUCAUCUACUGACAGAUGAACAAUCACUGGACAAAUUAAGAUGGUGAUAUGGUACUUGAGUGCUUGCCUUCAAACUACUUGAGUGGGAUCUGAUUGUUCCCUUUCUCACUUAGAUCAUUUCUGUAGUCAAAGAUUUCCCCAUGUUCUGUCAUGACCCCAUUCUGCCCAAAAUGGAGCCAAGCUCCAAAAUUUGAGGUCCAAAACAAUCUUUUUAUAAGAGCAGCAGUGCAGCAUGGUGUUUUGUCUUGCUGAAUCUGAAGCAGUCUUAACCCCUAAGUUGAGUCAAAUCUCAUAACAAAUUAGGUUCCCUGAUUAUAUUUAGUCCAAAAAUAAUUAACUUUUCCCACUUUAAAUUUACAAUAUCGGCUUCAAUAUAUAAUCAGUAGGCAUAACUAUAUAACUAUAACUAUAUCCUUUAUUUCUGUUUAAAGUCUCCUUAUAUGUGUAAAUGUUAAUUUGGUUUACCACAGUUAAUCAUAUCCAACUGGGCUGUCCUUUCUUCUCACAGGCUACAGCUAAACGCUAUAUUUAAAACUAGAGAAAGUAAUUAAGGUCCAGUGUUGAAAGUUCAAAGUAUUUACAUCUUCAUAAAUAAAUAUCUCUGAAAAUAUUUUCUCAAUAAAAAAAAAAGAUGAAAAAAUUGCUGAGCAUGACCAAAAUAUUGCCCUUAUUGAAAGUGAGGUGUUAUGUUGCAAAAAAAUGCGAAUACUUGGAUUUCAAGCGUUUUUGGCCCUGACUUCAAAACACAUGACUGAAGAAAUAUUUGAGGCAAAUCAAUUGACAUGUCAGCUUCUUACGUCUUGAAAAAUCAAGUAGCCUAUAGACAAGUCCAAGCCUAACACACACAAAAACUAAUUAUAUGCAUAGAUUAAUGUUUAUGUCCAAAAUUUCAAAGAAUACCCGAGCAAUGUGGGGUUACACAGCUAGUACAAAUAUACAUAUGUAUCUUUGUUACAAUCAUACAUACAAUCUCAUGAUAAAGUAAUGGUAAUGUUACUUUUUCAACAUGUUUGUGCAGGCAAAGUGUCUACAGAUAAAGGUGAAAAAAUAUAUUUGAAUAAAAACACAAGAAAGAAAUUGCCCUUUUAAUCUUUAAUUCAACAAAAAUAUCAAAUUAUCUUCUACUGUGAAAAAAAAUAAGUCCAUCCUUGGCCUCAGAAGCUGGUAUUGCCCCCCCAAAGCAGAAAUGCUUUCUCGAAGGCCUUUUCCAUAGCUACCCUCCAGUCUCUAACAUCGACCCAGUGAAAUUUCUGACCAUUACUCAAAGCAAAUCCCUUCAGUUUCAAAAUGUUUGUGGGAUUCCUUGCAUACUGCCUGUUUCAGAUUCUACAUCAACACUUCAAUGGGAUUCAGAUUAAGGCUUUGAAUAGGGCAGUUCACAACCCUCCAUUUUUUUUUCCUUUUGAGCCAUUUAUUGGUGGAUUUUCUAGUGGAUCAUUUUUGUGUUGAGAGGUCCAUAUCUGGAUCAUCUUUAACUUUCCAACAGUAGGCCUCACAUUUUCCUUAAGCAGACCUUGAUAUUAUGCAAGCUGUACUAGCCACACUUCAGAAACCCCAAACCAUAACAUUUCCACCACCAUGGUUCACUGCUGAAAUUCUGUCUUUCAUUUGUGCCACAUGUCUGCUUUUACUUUGUCCAAACAACUCUACCUUUAUCGGUCCAGAGAAUGUUGUUCCAGAAAGCCUGGCAUUUGCCUACAUGCCCAAUGUCAAACUGUAGUCUUGCACAAAUACUUCUUCUUAAACAGCAAAAGCUUUUUCCUUGCAGACUGAUUCACAUGCAUUUCAAAUAUAGGCAAUCUUUCCGGUUAUAGAUACGUGAACUUUGACACCAACUGCUGAGUUACCUGCAGGUCCCACAAUUAAAUUUUGGGGUUCUUGGAGACUACUUUUAACAUGAACUGGUUAGCUCUUGGGUUGAAUUUGCUGGGCUAGCCAGUCCAGAACAAAUUAGCAGUUGAUUGAAAUGGACAUCACUUGUAGAUUACUAUCCUUACAGUGGAAUCUUUUGAAAUCCUUUCUCAGACUCCUAGACAUUCACAUUCUUUUUUCUGAUGGCCUUUGGAGAGCUCUUGUGAUCUUGGCAUGAUGACACUGCAUAUACCAGUAGAACAGAAAAGAGAACACCAGGCCUUUGCUAUCUGCAGUUUAAAUAAAACAGGUUGCACCGGAGGAGGUUCCAAACAUUGGCACCUAAUCUGCAACACCUGAUUCUAAUUUUAUCAAUUUGAAAUGAUAAAUGGAGGAGUGUGCUUACUUUUUACAUGAGACAAGUCUGCAUUUUAGUUUAUUUAGACUAUGAGAAUGAACAUACAAUAUCAGUCUUAUACGUGAAUAAAUGAUGCAUAGCACCUUGAUGCUUGGGCAUUGCUUACAUGAAGAUCUAAUAUCUGCCUGUUCAAAUAUGUUGAAAAAGCCAACGAUUUCCAAGGGGUGCACUUUUACACAUGACCAUACAUUAUCAAAGACAAUUAAUCCAAAAAUCUUUGUUGUGUAUCAUUUUAAUUGUUUUUGAAUGCUGGGCAAAUUAGGGAAUUCCCUACAAGAGAAAGAGUUCACUGACUAACAGAAAAUGACAAUGCUGGUAUUGCUGGGAUAAAGCGCACAUCAUCCUUACACAUUCAGACUGUUACAUGUCCAGUGUAUACAUUACAAUGACACAUUCUAAACGUUUGGAAAUUUUUGUUUUUAACUGUAAAACAACUCCCUUUUAUUUAUAAGACCUGGGGAUACUAAUGGUUAAAAAAAAUGUACAAUUUUCUAUAGUACACAGUUUCACAACAACUUUUGAAUUUGGAAAGCUGAAAAAAAUGUUUUCUGAUGUACAUCUAAAUGUACUUGGUUUUAUGUAAAUUUUAUUAUUCAGCAUUUUAUACAAUAGGUCUUAAACAAAGAUUACAAAUAGAUUUUAAAAAAUAAAUAUAUUUUGAAUGA